AUGACCGAGCGUGUUGUCAAGCCCCGAGAACGUAGAAAGAAACAGACAACGAAAGUGGCCGUGCACGAGAAGAACAAUGAGAAGAAGCCAUUGACAAACAUCGACUCUACGAUUGUGAGAGUGCAAGACAAAGACAGCGCGAACAAGGCGGCAACAGAGGACUCCCUUUCACAGGCCAUGUUUCCUGCGCAGAGUGCAAGUCCAAACGUAGUAGAGAAGGCCAUCACGGCAAUCAGAUACCAAUACAGACCUCCCCAGUUUAACCAGCCUUCGAGGGUCCUGCCUGAGUCUCUCGACGUCGCCUUUCUUUGCCAUUACGUUGAGCUUAACAGGUCCGGAGAAACAGAUGCACCCCAGGUCCAAUGGUUUUUCCAUCUACCCAAGCUAUAUGAAAAUGCCAGAAAACCUGCUGUUAGACUCUCUCUUCGGGCAGUAUCUAUGGCCUUUUAUGGCAACUACCAUCAUGAUCCUAGUAUUCUGGUUGACUCCUGGAGGUGGUACACUAUAGCCUUGAGUGCUCAGCGCGUCUCGGUGGAAAAGCUCAGAAGAAAUGGCAUGCCAGAUGAAGAAGAGGUCUUGGUACCGCUCAUACUGGCGUUAUAUGAGAUAUAUGUGGGCGCAUCUGCCGGUGGCUCCAUGGCUCAUCUUGCGGCUUCAGCUGAGAUUAUGAAUAUGCGAGGGCCCAGCAAUUGCAAGACUGAUGCCAUCUGGCCCAUAUUCAAGGUUGUGCGCAGUUCAGAUGCCCACAAAUGCGUAGUCUUCAACAAGAAAUCAAUCUACUCGUCCCCAGAAUGGAUGACAAUCCCUUUCAUCGACAUGCCCCCUGAUCCUCACCAAAGUCUCGCAAACAUUGAGCUCAUGCUGCCAGACUGCGUGACUCUUCUAGGUAUCCCAGGCACUAUGCGCGCCGUAUUCGACACGCCCAUACCGCCGCACGUGGACACUCGGUCCUGCGCGGAUCUCGCAAUCAAGCUACUGGAUCAGCUAGACGAGUGGGCAGACACAUACCCGCACUUGACCAGAUUCUCCCGAAGUCGCGAAACCACACCCGUAUCCAACUCUCCCUCCAAAGCCAGCAAGAACAAAGCGCGAAAGUCCAACUCCAUAGACACCGUCACCGCACUCGUCGCUUCCAACUACGCCGCCGACCGCCUCCACCUAAACUCUCUCAUGUACAAGAUACAUACGCAGUCCACCACGCCACCGGAAUCCGACGGAAAUUCUACCGCACAUUAUUUCGAUGAGGCAAUGCAAUGUGGCCUUGAUAUCAUGAAGGCGAUGGCUGCGAUCGAACAAGUUUCUGCUCCUGGUCUCGAUUUGCUGCGUAGUAUUGCGCCGCUUGUUACGGUGGGAUUUACGGCGCCGGAUUUAGAGUUGAGGAAUGAUGCUAUGGUUAUGAUGGGGAGGUGGGUUGGUAGGGUGGGGGGACUGGGCGCUAUUUUUAAACAUAUGUGA